AUGGAUACUCAUUCCAGCGUGUCUUUGAAGGGAAAGACCUACUGGUUUGCUUUGGAUGAAAAAGAGUUAGGCCCCGUCGCACUCUUAGUCAGUUUUGAUUAUACAACAGAGAAAUUUGCCCGCCUGUGCCUUCCUAAUCCGUAUGGCAAUUAUAGAAUAAUGUCUCUAUCGGUUGUUAGAGAAGAGAAGCUUUCGGUUUUAUUACGACACAGGGAUGCAUUCGAGUCAGAAACAGAGAUAUGGGUAAGCAAUCCGAUUGAUGAGCACAAGGUGGUUUCGUGGAGCAUGAUAUUAGUAUGGGAUGAGCCUAGGCUUGGCCUUUGUCGCGGGACAAGUUUCUUGGUGGACGAGGAGAAGAAAAUUGCCUUGUGUUGUGAUAGGGGGAAAUGGAACCAAGACAACACCAAGGCGUACUUCUUGCUAUACAUUAUUGGGGAGGAUAACAAACUCACACAAGUGGAUUUCAGUGCAUCUUCUACAUGGCAGUUACAUUCGCCACUUUUGUUUAAUUACGUUCCAAGUUUGGUUCGAAUCCAGUGA